AUGCAGGACAUUGCAGCUGCGAUCAACAUGAUCCAAUUCUACACUGGCGUGCAGGCCUCCAUCAAGGGGAGGAACGUGUAUUGCCAGUUCUCCUCGCAUCAGGUCCUCACGCCCAACGAGAAUCCGGGCAGGACACACCAGGAGGGUGCCCCUAACCGCAUAAUCCUAGUCACAAUCCACAACCCGCUGUAUCCAAUCAACGUGGAUGUGCUUCACCAAGUCUUUUCUCCCCAUGGCUUUGUUGAGAAGAUCGUCACUUUCCAGAAAGCUGCUGGGCUGCAGGCGCUGGUGCAGUACAACAACCAGGCGAGCGCGGCCGCCGCCAAGACCAACCUGCAGGGCCGCAACAUCUACGACGGCUGCUGCACGCUCGACAUCCAGUUCUCCAAUUUGAGCGAGCUACAGGUGCAUUACAACAACGAGCGCACCAGAGACUAUGUCAACCAGCUGCCGGAUCAGCCGGGCAAGGCACCCAUGAUGCAGACGUCACUGUUUGGCGAGGGCGGGAAUGUGUAUGGCGCCAUGCCCGGGCAGCGGCCGGGUGUGUUUCCGGGACAGAUGGGGCAAAUGGGGCAGAUGGGGCAGAUGGGACAGAUGGGGCAGCCGGGCAUGCCCCAGCCGGGCAUGGGCGGCCUCAACGCAUAUGGGAACCCCGGCAUGGCAGCAGCAGCGGCGGCGCAGAUGUUCGGGGGCAACCUGCCGCCGGGUGUGACGGGCACCAACGACCGCUGCACACUGCUCAUCUCCAACAUCCACCAUGAGGUGGUGGAUGCAGACAAGCUGUUCAACCUGGUGUCCAACUACGGCAACGUGGUGCGAAUCAAGUUCCUGCACAACAAGCCCGACCAUGCCCUCGUGCAGCUCGCUGAUGGGCUGCAGGCCGAGCUCGCCGUCACUUAUCUCAAGGGUGCUGCCGUGUUUGGGAAGCGGCUGGAGGUGAACUAUUCCAAGUACCCGUCCAUCAACCCUUCAGCCGACACUAAAGACUACUCCACGUCCAACCUGAACCGCUUCGGCCGCAACGCGCCCAAGAACUACCGCCACUGCUGCGCGCCCACGCGCAUGCUGCACUGCAGCAACCUGCCAGCUGACGCCAGCACUGACAUGGUGGUAGAGCACAUGGCCCCGCACGGGCCCGUGCUGGGGUCUAAGGUGAUCGACAAGGACGGGAAGAAGCAGGUGCUCGUGCUGUUCGAAACGGUGGAGGCGGCCACUGAUGCGCUCGUGGCAAAGCAUGCCACGCCCAUCGGUGGGCAGGUGAUUGACAAGGACGGGAAGAAGCAGGUGGUGCUGCUGUUUGAAACGGUGGAGGCGGCCACUGAUGCGCUUGUGGUGAAGCAUGCCACGCCCAUCGGUGGGCAGGUUAUCCGGCUCGCCUUUUCCAAGAGCCAAAAUCUGUAG